ACGACUGAACUCGUACGAAUUCGUAUGAAUUGGCCACUAAACUGACAAAACGUAAAAUACUUACGUUUUCUCGUGAGAUCAGGCUGGUUUAACAAAUAUCUGUAUACUUGAAUUAGGGCUGCGACGCAGUGGGUAGUGCUGUUGCCUCACAGCAAGAAGAUACCUGGUUCGAGCCCCGGCUGGAUCUGCUCCUCCUCCUUCAGUGAAGCCCCUCCUCUGUUGAAGCUCCUCCCCCUCCUCCUCAGCUAUAUAUACUGGAAGACUAGCAUCCAUUAGGAAGAAUUGAAAUCUGCAAAGACAGAGUUUAUUGAAGGACAGAGAGAACAUGAGUGAUCCAGAACCCUGCAGAAUUGAACUGGAAGACACUGAAGAACGACCAGACCUUAUUGUUGAGGAUGAGGAGAGCGAAGAGGAAACCCUGGUAAAAGCUAAGAAGACACCUCAUUUACUGACUGAAGGUACUUUUUUAAUGGAAAGUAGAGACAAGAAGUGUUUUACCUGCAGUCAGUGUGGAAAGAGUCUGAGAUCCAAAUUCAGUCUUAAGCUUCACAUGAUGAUCCACACUGGAGAGAAACCGUUCAAAUGCACUCCGUGUGGGAAGAGAUUCGCACGACCAUCAACACUUUAUCAACACAUGAAGAUCCACACUGGAGAGAAGCCACACAAGUGUGAUCACUGUGGAAAAACAUUUUUGAGCUCUUCAGAUUUAAAGGUCCAUCUCCGAGUACAUACAAAUGAGAAGCCUUAUCCAUGUUCUGAGUGUGGAAAGAGUUUUACACAGCGGGCAAGUUUAAGACAACACCAGAAGAUCCACACUGGUGUGAGAGAGUAUAUGUGCUUUGAGUGUGACAAGACUUUUAUUACAGCUGGACAAUUGAAACUGCACCAGAGGAUUCACACUGGAGAGAAACCUUACAAGUGUUCACACUGCGACAAGAGAUUCAGUCAGUCAGGAAGCCUGAAAACACAUGAGAGGAUUCACACUAGAGAGAAGCCACACAAGUGUGAUCACUGUGGAAAAACUUUUUUGAGCUCUUCAGAUUUAAAGGUCCAUCUCCGAGUUCUUACAAAUGAGAAGCCUUAUCCAUGUUCUGACUGUGGAAAGAGUUUUACACAACAGGCAAGUUUAAGACAACACCAGAAGAUCCACACUGGUGUGAAGGAGCAUAUGUGUUUUGAGUGUGAGAAGACUUUUACUACAGCUGGAGAAUUGAAACUGCAUCAGAGAAUUCACACUGGAGAGAAACCGUACAAGUGUUCACACUGCGACAAGAGAUUCAGUCAGUUAUCAAACCAGAAGACACAUGAGAGGAUUCACACUGGAGAGAAACCUUAUAAGUGUUCACACUGCAGCAAGAGAUUUGGUCAGUUAUCAAACCUGAAGACACAUGAGAGGGUUCACACUGGAGAGAAACCGUACUCAUGUGAUCAGUGUCUGAAGAGAUUCACACAUUUGUUUCAGCUUAGGAAACACAUGAAACUCCACACUGAAUAAAGCUGCACAAUGCAGCAGGACAUGUUCUCAUGUGCUAAGGACGUUUUGUUUCUGAAUUUCAGAAAAUACUGGUCUAACCAUUUGUUUUGAGUAUUAUCUUUUAAUCAAUAAAGUUUUUUUACUCUGA